UGCUACUGUUUUGUUCCCUUGGAUGUGACCAUCAAAGGAUUAUGCUUUCUCCAUUGUACAUUUCUCCUCAAGUGUCUUUUCAUUCAGCAGAGAUAGUUAAAUCUCGUACACCUGACGAAACAAAUGAUAUUGCAACGAGGAUGGAAUUCAAUAGAAAAUUUAUGAAGCAAGUAAGUUCUGGAAAUUUGUUCGGUACAGGAUCAGUUGCUGAAUGUAGCCCACUGAGACCACACAGCCCUAGUGUGAACAUUUCUGGUGGGAAGAUAAUGGUUGAUGUGGAUGACAUGGAUGAUAAUAUAGAUCAUUCGGGAAUUCUUGCAUCCUCGAAAAGAGAUACACACAUGACUGAUCCAGGUAAGUCAACUACCUUAAAUUCCCAGCAACUACAGAAGAUUCCUUCUGCUAGGAUCAAUUCUUCGGUUCAGUUCCCAAAGUCAAACAAGACGCCCUCACAACAAACCGUUGUUGCUUGCAUUAAAUCAAAAAAUUCUAAUAGAAUUCAUAGUGGAAAAUUUCCUAAAGAAACUUCAACAAUUGAAGAGCCCAAAGAAACUUCAACAAUCGGAGAACCCAAAGAAGCCAAAGAAAAGUUUUCAUCCCAUACAACUGGUGAGAGAUCAAACAGUUCGAAAGAUUCUUUAGCUAGAGAUGAUACAAUCGGUUUGCAUUUAACUGAGAAAUCAAUGAAUGGCGAUACAGUAUUGUGUCAUGGAAAAGGUGAUCAGAGUGGAACUCAACGCUUGAAUGAUAUUGCUGUUAUUAAUGAUGGUGAGGCUAUGAAGACCAGAAGUCAAUUAUGCUCUAAAGCUUUACCCGGAAAAGGUCAUAGAGCUACAGAUAUUUCUGGGAAUUGCCACAAAGAGGACAGUGCAAAGAAAAAUGGGUUAUUGGAAUUUAGAGAUUUAGAAAGAAAAGAUGAUGCAUCUGAGCCCUUAAUGGUGGACACAGUGCCCGGUUUGGUGAUAUCCCCAGAUGAUAUUGUUGGAGUGAUUGGUUCAAAGCAUUUUUGGAAAGCCCGAAGAGCUAUUAUCAAUCAGCAAAGGGAUUUUGCAAUACAAGUAUUUGAGCUUCAUAGGGUAAUAAAGGUUCAGAAGUUGAUAUCUGCAUCACCACAUUUGCUUCUUGAAGGCAAUCCUUAUUUAAGCAAAUGUUCAGUAAAACCACCCAAUAAGACCCUGCCUCAAUGUAAUACAAAUCCUCAGCCCGAGGAAUUUAGACCAAAAGAUGGUCUUCAGAACCCAAAACAGAACAAGGAGCAGCCAGCUGAUAACAUUGCUGGAGUUUCAGCUCUCCCCGCAUGUGAGGAUGGGUCUAAAGGAGGUCCACAUGGUCAAGUUCCAAAAGCAGGGUCCAACUCUGGUAUUCCAUCACCGGUGCCAAUGGCUCCAGAUGACAAGUCAAGACCAUUGUGUUUUCCUCCCCUGGGAAACCAAUGGUUAGUUCCUGUAAUGUCGCCUUCGGAAGGUCUUGUUUACAAACCCUAUACGGGACCUUGCCCACCAACUGGUGGCUUCAUGGCUCCUCUUUAUGGAAGAGGCACACCUCUUGGUGCAUCUCAAGUGGCAGGAGACUUCAUCAACUCCGCAUUUGGUUUUUCGGCAUCUCAUCGGCCACCAAACGUGGGUAUUUUACCGGGUCCUUCGGCCAUUGCACCCCUGUAUUAUCCCACACCUUAUGGCCUUCAAGCUUGGAACCCAAUCAUAUCUACCUCUGCAGUCAAACAGGUCAGCAAUUUAGCUGGUUCACAGCCCAGUGGACAAACCGGUCAGCAUUCCAGGCGCUCAUGUAACAUGUCCCCCAUUCCUAGGAAGGAAGCAUUUCCUGGCCAUGCUGGGAAGUUUCAGGUGUCAAAGAAGAGUGAGUUUCAAGGAAGCACAGUGAACAUCCCCUCUGAGAAGACACAACUAGAAGAAAGAGAUCAAUUUCUUCUAUUUCCUACAGCUCCUGGAGCGAGCAGUCUUAAUUGCCCAUUACAAUCCAAUGGUACAGAUAGCCAGACUCGUGUGAUUAAGGUUGUGCCUCAUAAUUCUAGGUCUGCUACGGAGUCAGCUGCAAGGAUUUUCCGGUCAAUACAAGAAGGGAGGCAACAACAUGACUCAUGACUUGUGUCCUUUCAAAAGUGAGUUUCAACUUAUUCACAGAUGGGGCUGUGAACUCACUUUGGAUCGUUUACUUAAUGAUAGAGAGUGAACUUUGGUGCCAAGGUAAGAUUACUUUCAACGACUAUAGCUCAAGCCAUGGAAACAGCAUCUUAGCCGAUUCUCACUAAAUUCCAUAUUCUCGAAAGCGUCAUACACUAGGCUAUUCUUUUAUUUGGUGAUACAAUACACAAUUGUCUGGUCUUAUAUAUGGAUAUGAUAAUAUGAAAGAAAUCUUUUAUGGCUCUUUUGGUAUAAACAUCAGCUUUAGCAGUAGUUACUGUAAAUGUCUCAGAACUACAUUUGGAUGGAUAUAAGAUUUUGUUGGAGUGUGCAAAUGAGCCACAGUUUUUCAGCUAAUGUUUGGUCAAAAAUCAUUCUAGAACAAUGUCCAGUGUGUGCAGGACACUGUAAUGAGAAUUUCUUGUGCUUCAGAUCCAUGGUUAAGUUGAAGGUAUGUUCCUUUUGGAUUUAGUUGCUUUGAGUUGACAAAUUCAAUUCCUCAGGGUUUCAAAUAUCCAUUUUUAUUCAGGUUUCAUAUAAAUCUCUGUUACACUCCACAAGUCGAGGAGUACGGAAUUUACCAUUUGAUGCUGCCUUGUGCUAUCAGGAAUACUUACUAGUCAGUAGUCACCUGAAAGCACUGAUUCAAGAGGCAACCUUCAAGCUGCAUGAGUUUACAGUAGAACUCGAACUCCUAAUGGGCUAUGCAUCGGCAUCAGGUGCCUUUUAACUCCUCAACCUCAUCCUUUCAUCGGCAGCUGAGAUCUGCCAGCCUCGCUAAGCCAUUGCUGCCAACCAAGAAAGCAUUCUGACUCUGCAUAACUCUAUGGUUCUCCAGAAGAGAGAGGUGUCGACACCUGUUCACUUCCAGAGAAUGGAAUUAACCAAGACCAGAGAGCUGUUUCUUCUACAAAUUGGCCUUCUUAAAUUAAUCGAGGAAGAUGCUAGUCCCAGACAGUUGUCUAGGCUGAAACCUGAUGUAUCUUAAUCAAAAAGAAGAUGCUUAGUGCUAUUGUCUACUAUGAAGUGGAGACUCGUCCUGUUUAAGCUUCUAUAUAACUGCAACUUUAUAAUUUCAGUUCUCCAAAUGUCAGCAACCAUUUUU